UGACCUGACUACCUCAGAAACAUCAAGCAAACAGUUUUAUGUCUUCAAAUUAGGUACUAGCACUUUCUUUUUUGAAUAUAGGUUCAUGUGGUGAUGUUCUCUGUUUCUUUCUUUUCUUUUUUGCUGUUUGUCGUUUGUGAAAGAAUAUGACAACCUAUGGCACUAUACCAUCCCAAGCAAAUGCCUCGUCGAGCUUGAGCUUAUUAGGACGAGCCAAAGAAUUGAUCUCGUUAGGACUUAGCUCUCAAAGGCCAUGGCUUGAACUUGUCCAAUGUAGUGCAUUUAGCCUUCCUUUGUCCUUUAGUGUAGCUACCGAACGAAUCAAAACCAACAUCAUGAUCUUUCGAACAAACUACAUAAUCAUCUUCAUUGUUUCUAUCUUCAUCAGCAUGCUCUGGCAACCGGUCCACCUUUCUGUCUUCUUUAUCUUGAUACUCGCAUGGAUAUAUGUCUACUCCCGGGAUAAUGAACCAUGGGUGAUAUUUGGCAAUGUGAUCGAUGAUUCUAAUUUGGUGCUGGUUUUGUUGGUCCUCACGAUCGGUAUAUUUCUAUUAACAGAUGUAUCUCGUGGUAUUAUGAUCGGGGUUAUGGCUGGUUUGCCUGUUGUUCUGGUCCAUGGCAUGUGUAGGAAUACAGAGAUGUUGUUCGUCUUGGAAGAUGAUGAAGAGAAGCUAACAACGAACACAGCAUCUUCGUCGCUUUCUUCUUCCUCUUAGUAAAUCGAAACAUAAGAUUUUAUGUUUUGGGUUUCGUGAAUGUGUCUACAUAGCCAUUGUGAAACAACGCAUAACCAACCAGUGGAGGCUGAUCAAUAUGAUGCAAAAAGAAGUUUAGCUCCUUUUGCCAUAAAAUUUUAAGGAUUUGCACGUUGAGAUGUAACGAUAUUAGUGUGAGACCUUACUGACACAAAUGAAUACUUUUCCUUCUUGAA